UACGCUUCCCGGCGUCCCUGGCGCGCGCAGCUGGGAGGAGGCGGCCGCCGCGGUUCCUGCGAGCGCCAUGCGGCUGUGGGGUGGGCUGCUGCUGGGGGCGAGGGCCCGUCUGUGCCCGGCGCGGGGCUGCAGCUCGGCGGCCGGCCUAGAGGGCCCCACGCGGCCGCGCUCCUAUUGGCGGUACCUGAGGCGCCUGGUGCGCGGGCCGCCGCAGCCACCCUACCUGCGCGUGUGUCAGGUCGGAGACCCGGUGCUGCGCGCCGUGGCAGCCCCGGUGGAGCCCGCGCAGCUGGCGGGGCCAGAGCUGCGGCAGCUAGUGCGGCGGCUGGUGCAGGUGAUGCGGCGGUGUGGCUGUGUGGGGCUGAGCGCGCCGCAGCUGGGGGUACCGCUACAGGUGCUGGCGCUUGAGUUCCCGGACGCUCUCUUCCGCGCCUGCGCCCCGCGGCUGCGAGAGCUGCGCCAGAUGGAGCCCUUUCCGCUGCGCGUGCUGGUGAACCCCAGCCUGAGGGUGCUGGACAACCGCCUGGUCACAUUCCCCGAGGGCUGCGAGAGUGUCGCUGGCUUCCUGGCCUCUGUGCCCCGCUUCCAGGCCGUGCAGAUCUCAGGACUGGACCCAAGAGGAGAGCCAGUGGUGUGGUCAGCAAGUGGGUGGACGGCCCGAAUCAUCCAGCACGAGAUGGACCACUUGCAAGGCUGCUUGUUCAUUGACAAAAUGGACAGCGGGACAUUUACCAAUGUCCAUUGGAUGGAGGUGAAUGAUUGAAGCUCUUGUGCCUGACUAAGGGUCUGGAAAACUAAGAUAUGGGCACCUGGGCUUGAAUUGGGCACAUCUCACUGAGCUUCAACUUGGAAUUGGUUCCAAUCUGAUAUAAAGAGUGGGCUGCCAGUGUGGGCUGGACUGAGA